GCCUCGUGGAUCCAUCUCUCUCGGGUCUAGCUAAAAACCCUCGCAAACCAAACCCCUGCCACUUGCAACACACACUUACAACGCUUGCAGAGCUCCAGCUCGACCUCUAGCUAGCAUCCAUGGCGCAGCCUCUCACUCGCCGCCGUCUCCUCCUUCCUCCUCCUCUGCUUCUGCUGAUGCUCCUCCUCGCUCUCGCCGCCCACCAUCAGGCCGCCGCCGCUUCCGACCCACCGGUGACCCACGGCGGCAUGCGAGCCAGCGGCACCAGGUCCCUGCUCCAGCAGCAGCCGCCUCCUCCCAGGCUAGACUGCCCCAAGGUGUGCGCGGGCCGGUGCGCCAACAGCUGGAGGAAGGAGAUGUGCAACGACAAGUGCAACGUCUGCUGCCAGCGCUGCAACUGCGUGCCCCCCGGCACCGGCCAGGACACCCGCCACAUCUGCCCCUGCUACGACACCAUGACCAACCCGCACAACGGCAAGCUCAAGUGCCCCUAGGCAUCACAUCAUCUUCAGAGGCAUAUGCUCCGUCUCAUGCGUCUCCCCUGCCAUGUUCUACUAGCUAGCUCUAGUACUCUAGCAUGUACUAUUUGAUGUGAUCUUCAGCUACAUUCCAUAAGCUCAGAGUGUCGCACUCACACAUGUAGUGUUGAGUUGCAUUGCAGCCUCCUCAUUCUCACUCAACCAUGAUGAUGAUGAUUUCCUGGUAAUUAAUUUCCUGCA